UCCUCUCUUGUUUUAUGGAUGAAUCACAUAACACAGUGAUGAACUAAAAGGUUCAGAUGAAUCCUGGUCAUGUAGAAGAUGACCGGCAGUCCAGAUGGAAUAUUUUUAUAAUACAAUUUAAUCUACACCAUGAAUUUAAAGAACUUUAAAGGUAAUUUGAAAACCAAUAUACAAGCCUCUUAAUAUUUUAUAUUUGACCUUAGAAUAUGGAAAUGUUCCUAAAUAAAGGAUUGAUUGAUUGAGCACACAGACAGUGACAAUGUUCAACAUGGCUGCCAAUGGCAACAAUAAUUAUAAAUACCAAUAUUAAUUGUGACAAUGCAGUUACAGAGAGUAUGUUAUUUUAACAGGUGAGUUUUGAGUCUUAAUAUGAACAUCCUUUAUUUAUCCUUCAUUUAUUUCCUGAACAAGUAAUCAGUUGCUUCUAAACUUUUGUUGGGGGAAUUUGUUCCCUGUGUAUUAGCCUGCUACGCCCUUUGUAAAGCUAUACUGUCAAUCAUUAACAGCAAUAAUUUGGGUUAUUAGGAGAAAAGAAAACUGAGAAAAGCAUAGUACAUCUGCAAAUUGUGUAAAAGGUUAUUGUUUUUUGUGGUUUCUGAAGAGCAGAUGGUCGACCGUGACAUCUGCUGCCCUCUUCCUGUGCGUCGUGAUAAAACUGCGGCAGGGUAAAACAGUUAAAUCUAGUUGAAACGUUGCCAAAAGAAAUAGAAAUUAAACAAACAUUGUUGCUCCACGUCCAAUGACUCAUACACAUGCACAUGUGGCCAAGUGGUUCAUGAAUAUCUCUAAACUUUCAGUUCUUCAGGCCAAACCACAAUUGGAUUGGUGUCUGGAUUCUGGUCAGUAGGUGUGUCCACUUCAGAUAAUGCGGAUUAUUUUUCCCAAAACAACUUUUGAAACCUAAUGUGGGUGAAGUUAAAACAGGAACCUGUCUGUGCCAGUGCAUCAGUGGCAUCAUCAUGACUGCACAGCUGCUGUUCUUUAUCCUCUUCAAUUCCCUCUUUGGGACCAAAGCUGAAGCUCUUCCUCAACCGAAGCUAACUGUGGAUCGACUUGUGAUGACAGAAACUGAUUCAGUCACAUUAAGCUGUUCGGCUCCACCACAUGUUUCUGUGGCUCGGUGUGAUUUCUACAUUGAAAACAAAGAAAUGUUUUCAGACUCCUCCUGUGUGGAAACACUGACAGGAUCUGAGAUGCUGAGGAUGUCAAGCAGAAGAUCACCAGCUAACGUCAAAGUCAAAUGUUUAUACACUGUAAAGGAUGGAGCUCUACAAACAUAAGACAGUGCAUCAACAUUAAUCACCAUAAACAAUCUUCUUCCAGCCACACUGACAGCGAAUCCUCUGGUGAUCACAGAGUCAGACUCAGUCACUUUAAACUGUCAGCCUCCAUCUUCUGUUCCUGUGUCUGAUUGUUAUUUCUACAUUGGGAGAGAAAAAAUACCACAAAGAUUUUCUUGUCUGAAGACGAUGACAGCAGCUGAUCUCCUGUCUUUAACCAAACAAAGUUCACCAGCUAACAUUGAUGUAACAUGUUAUUACCUGAAAUCACAUCCAUCUCCAAACAGUAACCUGCUCUCCAUCAUCAUACAGCUUCCUCCACCUGAACUGACUGUGAAUCCACAGCAGAUCACAGAGACAGACUCAGUCACAGUGAACUGUGGGACUUCUUCAUUUGUUUCUGUGGAGAAUUGUUUUUUAUAUUUCAUAAACUCAAAGAUGUCCAGAAGCAUUUCCUGUGAGCAAACACUGACAGGAAGUGAGCUCCUGACACAUCAAACUUCACCUGCUGAGGUUGAACUAAAAUGUUAUUACAUGGUGACGCGUGGAGGAAUGCAUCAGUCUCCAUAUAGUAACACGUCUACAGUCUCCGUCCACAAAGUUCAGGAAACAGAUUCAACCACAUCUCAGAGAGUAACGACUGUCAGUGUGACUGCUGGUCAAACAUUUAGGACAACAAUAGAAACAGAAAGUCCAUUUUCUCCUCCCCCAUCAUCAGUGAAUCCUACAUUAUUUGCUACAACAGAUCCAAGUGGAAGGACCACAGUCAACACAGUUUCUACUUUGUCAACGUCACCAUCAGAGGCAACAGUUGUUGAGCAUAAGGAUUGGACCGUCACAGCUUUCCCUGCAACCACUGCAGCAGAUCAGAAACUUUCUGUCAAAACUAAAUGGAUGUUUGUAGCUGUACCUGGUUCUGGAGUAGUUGUGGGAGUAGUUUUACUUGUGGGACUUCUCUGUUCCAGAUGGAGAAGUGAUAAAAAAACUUACCCGAGAUCACGAGUCAGAAAUAAUGAUAACUUUAUAGGAAUGAGGAAUGUUACUAAUGGAGGACUGUUACCUGUUGGGAAUGAAGAUGGGUACCACACAGUCACCUUCGUUCCUGCAGACGACUCUGCAACCGAAUCCGUUGCGAUAAACACACAGAACUCUCAAAAUGAAAAUCAUGAUGUUUACCACGUUUACGCCACCAUCCCUGAUGAACCAGAAGAAGCUACCGUAGCCAAGCAGCUGUACUACACCCUACAAGCUCACUGAAAAACAGCUUCUGUUUAAAGAUGCGUUAAAAAUAUCCACUAAAUGUACAGCUAUAGAUUAUGUUUUUAUAGAUAUUUUUAUUAUUAUCAUUUCAUUAUUUUCUGUCCUCUCCUUUCUGGAUUAUAUUUACUUUUCAUUACGCAGUGUUGUGAAAAAGCGUUUUAUCCGUUCUUCAGCUGUUUUCCUUUUGUGACAAAAUUAAAUGUUUAAAAAUGUUACAAUUUUAUGUAUUUUUUAAAUUUUUGUUUUGGGGGAGUAUGUCUAUGUCAGUCUUGCACAUCUGGAGACUAAAGGUUUUUCUCAAGAUUAAAUUAAGAACAUCUGGAAACUUAAAAUGAUUCCAAAGAAUCUCAUUUAAAUUUAAGUCUAAACUUUAACUAGGACAUUUUAAACAGCAGCUCCAUUGCAGUUCUGCUUGUGUGGUUCUGGUUGCCCAGUAUUAAGCCUCAUAACCUUUAGCAGGUUUUCUGCCAGUGUUGUUUUGUAUUUGCCUCCAUAAAAAGCAGCUUCCCUCUUCUGAAUAAAACCAUCCUCACAGCCUGAUGCUGCUUCUUCCAUGUGUCAGUUAGUUGGUUUUCUGGGUCAUGUGCAAUGUUUGUUUUCUGUGAAAUUAUUUAGGGGUCUCUUCAGGUGUUUUGUUAACUGUGAACGUUUGUAUCGUUGUCCUUUCAUUUUGCAAUUUUGAGCCACUUUGUUAUGGUCGAAAUCUAUGGAAACAGAUUUGUGCCAAUAAUACCACACACAAUGUUUUACUUCUGAAAUGCUUCUUUUGUUUCCUUAAUUUUAGUUUUUAUCCUGUCAGACUAAAGGUCAACAUCUUUGUUGACUUAUUGUCAUUUUCUUGAUAUACUAAAAUAAAUUGCUAAAUGUUUUUGACA